UCUUAGGUACAUUUAUACUAGUAUGAGAGAAGUGUGUUGCAUCAGUACGGCGAAGACAUACAGACAGCGAAGCAAUGGUGCGGUAUUCUCCCCUGUUGGAAGUGCUUGCCUUGGUUUUGUGCACUGACGCAAUGCCUCCUCGAAACUUGAGGCCAAAACUAGACAGCUUUCCAAGUAAAAGUAGUAAAAUCAUUGGUGGUCAAGAGGCAACUGAAGGCCAGCUACCUUAUCAGAUGAGUUUUCAGGAGAAGGUGUUAGGGAGAUGGUUUCACUUUUGUGGUGCCGUAAUAAUCUCACCAAAUUUUGUGUUGACGGCGGCGCACUGUGUUGAGGGCGGGGACUUCACUUCGCCCACCGGUCUCAGGGUAGUUGCAGGCGAGCUGGACCUCCAAUCUCUAGGAGUAUCAGAGCAGGUGGCAGAAAUCAACUUCAUCAUUGAGCAUCCAUUCUACAAUCGAAUAACCUUUGAGAAUGACAUCGCCUUGCUGCGGCUGGAGACUCCUCUGCUGUACACGGAAUCUGUGAGCCAAAUCAGCCUUCCUCAGCCACGACAAAAUUUCACUGGAGGUUUGUUAUCCAGGUCCAUUGUUGUCAGUGAUAUUACGAAACAAAAGUUUCCUAUUAUGUUAAAAUUAAUUCCAUUAAUGUGAAAGUUUGUUCUAUACAUUUCUUAUCAUGUAAUACAAUGAAGAUACAAUUAUAAACAUGAUCCAAG